AAAAUGUACAAAAAUACUCUUCAUUCAUCUCUUUUCACUCUUUCUAAAUAAAAGAUCUCUUCUAAAUAUAUCAUCCCUCCGAAUCAAUAAAAUCAACUAAAAAUAAAACAAGCACAAAAAAAACGGUAACCUUUAACGCACCAAAUUCAAACCCUUGAUCAAAAUAGGCCAACCAUGCGCACUGUCGCUCUUCCUACUGCUUUAUUCCUGCAUAUCGUGCGUUUGCAGUCAGUCAGCAGUCAGCCCUUACCACUUUGCCCUUUAAACCUAGCCGAAUCGAUAUCGUAACGAAACGCAAUAAUGGCAUGGCAAAAAUAUAAUAUUUUGCGUGUAAAAAGUCACCUUAGUGCUUAUUUUAAAAGGUCGUGACCCUAGAAGAGUUAAUUUCGAUCGAUAUAGUUUUGGUUGAAGCGUGGGUGAUAUUAUAGGGACUGAACUAUGAGUAGUGCCGUAAAACUAUCGCCCUCGCCGAGACACGCCAGAAAGCACAAACAGAAAGAGUCGACGGAUAACAUGAAGCAGGAAAUAGUAGCCCAGGUGCAUAAACAGAUCAAAUCGGCCACUAGUAGUUCGGAUAAUGACUACGCGAACUCCGAGGAUAACUUGGAUAUUAGCAAAAGUGAUAAGAACGAAAACUAUAAUGUGGUGCACACGCCGAGUAGAGAAAUAUCUGUGGACGGCGAAUGUCAAAUAAAUACGAAGAUACUGGCCCUAAUAGAAACGGAAAUGAAAAGAGAUAUCAACAAGCACAACCACUUUACCGAGUCCAGACCCCAAAGUUUGAGUUUUUACGAGGAUGAGAAAAUACCAGAAGAAUUAUCAGGAAAUUUAGAACUGCUCAGUCCGGAAGAAAAGAAACACUACAGACGACGCAAGGAAUACUCCCAAAUGGACACCGACGAGCGGAAUGCCUACAACGCUCUUCAGGACAUUUACAAUUCCAGAGAUAACGAAGAGAUCCUGAACAAUUCGAACAAAAAGUCGAAAUCUCGGAAGAAACGUCACGGAGAACCCGAGGCGGGAAUGGGAGACAGCAGGGAAAUGAUGAUCCCCAAGGAGCGGAAGAAAAGCAAGAAAAAAAGGCGGGAAGUAUCACCGGGAUCGGCUGGAAACACGUCAAAACGGAAACAUAAAACUAGAAACAGGGAGGACGACCACCAACCGAAAAGUGACGUAACGCUGGCACUGGAAGAACUUCAAGAUGACGUUUUCGAAAACGCGAUCGAUGAUUUUGGAAACAAAACCGAAAAAAUGCGCAAGAGUCCGAGAAGAUCGGAUAAGAUUUACGUACAAAAGAAAUCCAGGUUCGAAGAGACGUCAAAGCAUAAUAAUAUACCUCUGAGUAGACAGACCGCUCAAGAUUUGGAUUCAAUCAGUAAUUUGGAUAGGGGAUUUCCUUCUCGACAUCCCAUUCAAGUAGCAAUCUGUUUCCAAAAAUGGUGGCUCCGCUUCUCUACUUUAUGCCACGGACUUUUAGGCGGUCUGGGCUUGGGUCACUGGCUAUACAUAAUCUGCAACUUCCAGAGUCAGGACCACGCCUUCCUAGUACAUUACGCCUACUAUAGUGAUAUCUACGUAGGAUUAUUCUUUGGAUUAUGCGUUCUUUGUUUGGUUUCUGUAUUUGAUAGGAUGGAUCUUGCUCAUAUCAGCUCAACCGACAUAAACGAAUUUUGUAAACACAAGAAGUGUUCCUUCGUCUUGAUAGCGUAUUUGGCGUGCCUGAUUGUGCACUUAUCCACGGCUACCUACGACGAGAAAUUAUCGUUGCUGGCAUAUCGAAAUCACACUAUCAUUGGUAAUGUUGGUGGGAACCACACGGCGCUGGUGGAAGAGGAAGACGUACCAGAAAGUCAGAUCACUUUCAUAGAGCUGAAAACGUGGAACCAUUUAUCAUUAUGGCGGGCGCUUUUGGCUUUCACAGCGUGGAUAGUACUGGGACUAGGACCACCCGAAGACAGUCUAUACAACCACCUGAAAAACAUGGAACAGUAUCUGCCUGACAAAUAGUUGUGUCGCUUCUUCUUCAGUUCAAUCACAAAAUCAAAAAUGUCUUGGUGAUACAUAUUUUUGUUGAAAUGGGAAUAUCUUUAUAAAAGACUGUAAUAAUUUAAAAUUAGA